UGUCACGUAAUUUUACUGUGAAUGUGCGUAUGAGUUUUGAGUUUUUCAAGUUUGAAUUGCGGAUUGAGUUCCAGUAUCACCAGAAUAUCUCGAGAACGCGUCAUCCCAGAGAAAAAGUUCACUCAACUUUUUCGUAGCUAACGAAAUUUUCAAGGGAAAAUAUCUUUUCAUAUUUUUUCCUAGAACCUCGCGUUCUCUAGUUAUCCCAGUAAAUUCGCGAUAAAUCUGAUUAUGAAUCCCGAAUUUUGUUCGAGUGAACUAAAAGUCCGGUGCAUUUUCACGAGAUAUCUCGAGAAUGCGUCAUUGUACGGAAAAAUGUUAUUAGACUUUUUUGUAGCUGACAAGAUUUCCAGUAGAAGAUGCUCUUUUAAGUUUUACCCUGGAACCCCUCGUUCUCCAGAUAUUUGAAGAAAUAUGGAAAUUUAUUCGUUCGAGUCUGUUUUUUUACAAUGAAUUUGAUUUCCGUGUGGUUCCGGUGAAUUUCGUGAGUUCCUCGGUAAUUCUACACGUGUGGAACCUAGUUUUUCCCAAUGGCGCUGUUCGUCCGUGGAACCGCGAAUAAAUGGCAGUUCAUGAUGAAUUUAUGUUGCAAUUUGUCUUCAAAUCAGUGCAGACUGCGAAAAUCAUCAUCAUUUUUUGAUAAUCUCUGGUUCCUCACAGAAUGUCGAAGGAUAGCAACAACCGGUGUUAAUACAAUCAUUCCAACCUCAAAACUCAUCAGUGACAAAAAAUGUGAUGUUGUGGAGCCCUCAGCUGGGGUAUUUGACAGAUUCAUGUCAGCAAGAAGGAGAGAAUCCAAGAGAACUGUUAUCAUUCAGGUGCAAUCACCUGAUUCUUACAACGAUUUGUACUCGUACUGCACAGAAUUUGGUCCUGUCAGCAACAUGUAUCAUUAUGUUGUUGCCAAAACUGCGCAUUUUUUUCUAGUCGAAUUCAAAGACGUUGAGAGCCACAAAGCUGUUCUGGCGGCUGCGACCCUCAUAAAUCACCAGGAGGUCAUUCCCACGUAUUCUUAUAUGCUCUGGUUCAGAAAUGCUCCGAAGAAGUCCAAGAAAAUUCUGGAAAAUAUACCCCCAGUGGUGCGAGGCAAUGACGACAAGUCCGAGGAGAAAAUCUAUCCAGAUCUCUUGGCAAUUAAAUCUAUUUCCGAACAAAUGGAGCUUCUGUACGACAGUUGGAAGCUCGAUGAUAUAUCGACACGCCUUCGAUUCGUCACAGCCCUCCAAAUGGAGAGAAAUUUAACGAGUUUAUUCCCAAACAUCGUAAUCCUACCAUUCGGCUCGUCCGUCAAUAGUUUUGGUAAACGUGGCUGCGAUCUCGAUCUAGUCAUGACUCUAGACGGUGAAAAACGAGAGAAAAUAACUAGUAGAUUUGUCUUUCAAACGAAAUCAUCUCUCCCUGAGGAAAGAGCACAGACGAAAAAAUCGAUGGAAAUAAUUUCGAAUGUAAUGCAGUCGUUCAUACCCGGAGUGAGAAAUGUCAGGAGAAUUCUGCAUGCCAGAGUGCCAAUUCUAAAAUACGAUCACACAUUGACUGGUCUCGAGUGUGACCUCAGCAUGACAAAUAUGUCUGCUGUGUACAUGUCAGAGCUCCUAUUUAUUCUUGGCGAGCACGACGUACGAGUGAGACCUCUAGUAUUCACGAUAAGACAGUGGGCGACUUCUGUGGGACUGACCAACGCCAAUCCUGGGGGGUGGAUCACAAAUUUCUCCCUCACCCUUCUAGUUAUUUUCUUUCUACAGCAGAAAAAGAUUCUUCCCUCGAUUAACAAAAUGAAGAAUCUUGCCAGGCCUUCAGACAUUCGUCUAACAGACACGUGCGUGGACUGCACAUUCGUGAGAGAUCCGAAAAUAAUUCCAUCAGGCACCUGCAAGGACUCCCUCGAGAUCCUGCUCCGUGAUUUCUACGAUUUCUACGCAAAUUAUGAUUUUGCAUCUAGAGCGAUAUGUCUGAGGGAAGGUAUAAGUCUCUACAAACCCGAUUCAUCCGCUCUCUUCAUCAGCAAUCCCCUGGAGAAAACUCUGAACGUCAGCAAAAACGUGACGCCUCCAGAAGUCAUGAGGUUCAUAAAUGCUGUGAGGAAUGCUGCGAUGCUCUUCGACGAGGGAUUAGCACCCAACAGCCGCGGAAUCCUCGAUAUUUUUGCUGAAAAACAGCCCCAGAAGAAGCACUUCAUCCUGGGACGAGGGAAUAGCAACAAAAAGGUUAAUAUUGCAGAGCUCUUUCGUGCUGACGAAGGAAACAAGUUGAACGAAAUCGACACGAUCGAUCACUGGAAAAAGGAAAGGGCGAGGCGCCGGUGACUUGAUCCUUUUCACUCACUCAUUAUUUAACAUUGAUAAAUUAUCAAUGACAUGUCAGUUCUGUAAAUAAAUUCGAUCGCCAGAAGAUAAUUUAUU